GCCAGACAUCAACAAAGGCUACCCCAUUCUUUUUGACAUAUGGAAGAGAAGCAACACUUCCAAUCCAACUGGACAUACCAACUGCACUUAAUCCCAACAAGGAUGGUUGCUCAAUGUCAGAAGAAGACUUUCAAGAGGUUAUUGACAUCAGAGUGGCUUCUUUUGUGGAACUCAUGAAGAUUCAACAGCAGGCAACAGAGGAAAUAUCUCAAGCCCAGGCCAAGCAGAAGAUGUAUUACGACAAUAAGAACGACAGCACCACCUUUAAACCGGGAGAUUUGGUUCUUCUGAAGAACAAGAGGAGAAUAAACAGAAAAGGUGAUAAGAUUCUUUCCAGGUGGACAGGCCCAUUCACUAUUAAGAACAUUAUUGGAAAAGGUGUAUUCAGCUUGGAAAACAGAAAACAGAAAGUCAACAUCAAGGAUAUGAAAAGAUACAGGAUUUCGUCUAAAACCAAGACAGAUGUACAGCCACAAGCAGAUGAUUCAACAGAGGAUUAUCUACAGCCAGAAGCAACUGCUCCAGAAGAAACUCAGCAACUGCCAAAACCACUGACCAGAAAGCUGAAAUCAAGAGGACAAAUGUCAACUUUGCCGUCAAGACAGAAAAUGAAGAAUGGAAGAACAUCUUGCCCAAAGCCCAGAAGAAUCAAUGUGUCAACAAGAGAGAAAAUUGUGGAAGAACAGGAGACAACUAGACAAGAAUCACCAAUGAACAUUCAAGAUUAUGUCCACAGUAUUGAUAAUGACAUCAAAGAAGAAAUCUUCACCAAAUGUAAACAAUAUCAAGUAGGAAAGCCGGAGGAUAUGCAGUCUGUAUUGGAGUCUCCAACAUUCUCCUUGAUUAAGGAUGCUGAUGAUCGAUUCAGUGACGACAUGAUGGACUGUGAGUCAUCAUUACUAUCAUGGUACAUGAUGUCAGCUAGCAGAAAUUUAGAGCUGAUAUGUGAAUUGGACCCCUUUGUGCUGUCUUCAGCACUGCUGACCAUAGCCUACCACGAUAAGAUCAACCCAAAGGAACUACUCCCCACCUUGGAUAAAGUGCCUUUGUCUAAGAUUUCCUCUGCAAACUCUCCCAACAAGCUACCAAAAUCAUCUCUCCAGAUGUGUGUAGGUGACGUCACCAUCCAUCGGCAGGACCUCACCACUCUCUAUCACAAACAUUGGCUGAAUGACCAGGUGAUCCUUGCAUACCUUAGUGUACUACGGUCAGAACACAAUGCUUCACAUGAGCAAGGAUGUUAUGUAUUGCCCUGUUUCAUAACAGACAAGUGGGAGAGUGGUCAAUAUGAUGCAUGGCUCUAUCCCCAGAUUCCUCUUGAGAAAUUCGAGCAUGUGCUUGUGCCAGUUUGCCAUCAGCAGCAUUGGUUCCUGCUGGCAGCAUCUAUGAAAACCAACACUGUUAACAUACAUGACUCUCUCCCAUGCCAGAAAAGGGCAGAAAGAUUCUGCAGACAUUGGAUGAACUUCAUGGCUGCAAGAAAGUGUGCCAAUCAGUGGAAUGCUGGUAGUAACCAGUCGAACAGACAGGCAGAUGGUCAUUCUUGCGGGGUAUUUGUAUUAAUGAAUGCUGAAGCGAUCCUUCAAGAUUCUUCACCUGCAGUGAUGAGGCAGUGUCACACACAACACUACAGGAAACAUAUCCUGAAGCGACUCCUGGCCGAGUCAUCCCCACACAACAAGACAGUCUGUGACCUACCAUUUUGCAGUAUGUUGAAGCCUCACAAAAGACACCAGUGUGCAAGAUGCUGCAAAUGGGUCCAUAAAAAGUGCCUUGGCCUCACCAGUACACAGAGUAUUCCAACUUGUGUUUUCUGUCAACUUAACAAAUCUUGUUGAUUUGUUCUAGAUGAUGACAUGUGUUUUAGUUCAGAGACUUGAUUUUCCAGUUAUUUUGAAACUGAAUUAGAAAAAGUUUACAGAAUUGGACUGUGCAGAAUAGUUGGUAUUGUCAUUCAACAUAAUGUAUCAACAACAUUAACCAUUUUUUAAGUAUGUUUAUCUAAUCUGCUUGUAAAAAAGGCUCAAUAAAUGAUUUAGAUUUCUUGUUUAUAUGAAAGUUCAAACAAUUACAUUUAUUUUCAAUUGUAAUGAAAACUCAAUAUGAUUAUCACAGCUAAAAAUCUGAAGAUUUGGUGUUGGCUAUGCAUGAGCAUUGUUUUUUGACAGCAGAUAGAGAAACAUCAGUAAAUUGAAAAGUAGUGUUAUUAUGAUUAGUUAUGCAUUUCAGUUUUGUAUGUUCCAAUACAAAAUACUUAUAUUGAUAGUUCCAAUUGCUAUGAUAGUUACAAGACUUACAAAGUUAUUAUUACCAUAGUGAUGAUGUGUAAUUUGAAUCAUCUAUAACGUACUUCCGUGAAAUUUGAUGCAAAAAGUACUUAUUUUAGAUGAUUUUCAGUUAUAAACACACUUUCAAAAUUAACCGAUUUGAAUCAGACAUGACAUAUCUUUCUUUUCGAUUAUAAUUUUUAUUUGUAUGAGAUAAAGCACAUGAUUUGUAAUUAUUGUUAACACAAACUGUGCCAAUUUCACUUGUUUUCCAUCUUAUUGUUGAUUGUUAUCGUUACAUGCCUUAAUUUAUAAUAAAUAUCUAUA